AUGGCGGUUCUGAGAUGUUUAUAAACGAAGAAGUAUCUCUGAAACAGUUAAGUUCGUAAACUCUCUCGUCUCUCCCAAGGUCCAGACCUAAAACCCUAACUUCUCCUUCUCCAUGACUCUUAUCGAUUCUCCAAAUUGAAGCCAUCUCCAAGUCGAUGGAUAGAGAAGAGAGACGGAUGGGGUUCAAAAGAAAAUUCCAGUAUGAGGAUCCAGCGAUUCACAAUAGGAACCAACAGCCUUAUGAUCGAUACGCGCUUCCAGAAGGUUGGGCUGGUUGUCCUGCUUUCGGAGAUGAAAUUAGUGGUAUAAUUCCUUCAAAAGUACCUCUGGGUGAGUCUUUUAGUGACCACAUUCGAGGUGAAACAUACACUCCAAAGCAAGUCAUUCAUCAACAAAGACUUCUAGGAAGAGAACUUGGUUUAGUGAUUGAUCUAACAAACACGACUCGAUACUAUCCCUUAUCCGAUUGGGGAAGGGAAGGUAUUCGUCAUGUUAAGAUAAAAUGCCAAGGAAGGGAUUCAGUACCUGAUAGUGAAUCUGUAAAUAAAUUUAUCGAUGAGGUAUCAAAAUUUUUCUCCCAGAGAACAAAUCCAAUGAAGUUUAUUCUUGUCCACUGUACACAUGGGCAUAACCGCACAGGUUUCAUGAUUGUUCAUUACCUUAUACAUACCAAAUCAAUUACUGUCACUGAGGCAAUAAGUCAAUUUUCCAGGGCUCGUCAUCCUGGGAUAUAUAAACAGGACUAUAUUGAUGCGCUAUACUUGGCUUAUCAUGAAAGGAAGCCUGAUUCAAUUGUUUGCCCUCAAACUCCAGAGUGGAAGAGAAGUUCCGAUCAGGACAAUGAGAAUCAUGUGAGAAAUGGAGCAAUGACGAUUGAUGAUGUUUUGGGAGAUACAAUACCUUUUGACCAGCAAAAGAUGUUGCAGGAAGCCUGUUAUCAUGCACUCGACUUGGUUAUAACGGGUAGAGGGAAGUUGCCGUUUCCAGGGUCGCAUCCUGUUUCUCUCAACAGAGAGAACCAACAAUUACUAAGGCAGCGCUAUUACUACGCCACAUGGAAAGCUGAUGGAACUCGCUAUAUGAUGCUAAUUACUUGGGAUGGGUGUUACUUAAUUGAUAGAAGGUUUCAUUUCCGAAGGGUCCAGAUGCGUUUUCCUUGCAGAUUUUCAAAUAAGGUUAUACCUGAGAAGACUCAUCAUUUUACAUUACUUGAUGGAGAGAUGAUAAUUGACACGGACCCAAAUACCCAAAAGCAAGAGAGAAGAUACCUCAUUUAUGAUGUCAUGUCAAUUAACCAAGCCUCAGUCGUGAAGCUGCCAUUCCAUGAACGGUGGAAGAUGCUGGAAAAAGAAGUGAUCGAGCCUCGAAAUAUGGAACGUGAUACUCUUUCCAGGAGUGCAGAGCCGUAUUACAGAUAUGACUUGGAACCGUUCAGUGUGAGGAGGAAGGGUUUUUGGAUACUAUCUACUGUUACCAAGCUUUUGAGGAAAUUCAUUCCUGGACUUUCACAUGCAUCUGACGGUCUGAUAUUCCAGGGCUGGGAUGAUCCUUAUGUACCCAGAACGCAUGAAGGUCUUUUGAAGUGGAAAUUUCCUGAAAUGAAUUCAGUUGAUUUCCUGUUUGAGUUAGGAGUUGAUGAUCGUCCGCUACUUUUUCUGAAUGAGCGUGGAAAGAAGAAGCUGAUGUCAGGCUUUAGGGUUGUUUUUAAAGAUGAAUUGGACCCAGCUUUUUGUUCGGGGAAAAUCGUGGAGUGCGCCUGGGACGCAGAGGGACACGUGUGGGUCUGUUUGCGGCUAAGGCCAGACAAAUCGACGCCAAAUGAGUUCAUGACAUAUACAAAGGUGAUGAAAAGCAUUAAGGAUAAUAUAACGGAGGAAGUUGUGUUGAAGGAGAUUGAUGAGAUUGUCCGCCUACCUAUGUAUGCUGAUCGAAUAAAGACUGAUAUUAAGGCACACGAGCAUACUUCUUCCGCCCGGCGUAGGUGAAUAGCCAAAAAAUACAUAUCGUCACUAGACACAGGACAGCAAAUUCAUCACAGUACACAAAUAUGAGCUUAAGUUCAUCACCCAUGUAUUUUAGUUUUUUUUUUUUCUUUGGUCAAAUUAGCCAAAAGAAUUAUUAUUAAUUUGUAAUAUCAUCAUAAGCAGAAGUUUUGUAUCUUUAGUCGUUUUGUUCUGGAUCCGUGUUGUACACUAGCAAUGAGUUGAUCAUUUAAUUAAAUUGAUUUCAUUUUUAUCA